AUGCCCAACCAAACCACUGAAACUGGUUUCCUCCUCCUGGAAUUCUCUGAUAUCCGGGAGCUUCAAAUCUUACACUUUGUGUUGUUCCUUCUGAUUUAUCUGACAACCAUCAUGGGAAAUCUUCUCAUCAUCAUACUGGUAACCCUCAACCGACAGCUUCACACUCCCAUGUAUUUUUUCUUGAUGAAUUUGUCCAUCGCCGACACUGGCAACAUCUCUAUCAACACCCCCAAAGCCAUGAGCAAUUCCCUCAUGAACACCAGGCUCAUUUCAUAUAUAGGAUGUGUUUCUCAAGUCUUUUUCCUCAUCUUCUUUGCAGUAACCAACUUGUCCCUCCUCACAGUUAUGGCUUAUGACCGAUAUGUUGCCAUAUGCAAUCCACUGCGAUAUGAGACUGUGAUGAAUAUGGGAGCCUGUAUCCAAAUGGCCACUGGUGCAUGGGUCACUGGACUUGUCUUUGCUGUUUCACACACCAGGGGUACCUUCUCAAUAACCUUCUGCUCCAAUGCCAUAAACCAAUUUUUCUGUGAAAUCCCUCAACUGAUCAAACUCUCUUGUAAUGGCAAUUAUAUGAUGGAACUUGGAGUCAUUGUGUUCAUUGCAUCUGUAGCCUUUGGCUGCUUUGUCUUCAUCAUAUUCUCUUAUAUACAGAUCUUCACCAAUGUCCUGAGAAUCCCCUCUGUGCAGGGAAGGAAGAAAGCUCUGUCUACCUGCUUGCCCCACCUCAUUGUUGUCACCUUGUUUAUCUGCACUGGCACUCUUGCCUACUUAUGUCCAACUGGCAAGGCCCCCAAAGAUCUGCUUAUGAUGAUUGCUGUCCUAUAUUCCAUGUUGCCACCCAUGAUGAACCCAGUGAUCUACAGCAUGAGAAACCAAGAGAUUAGAUCUGCCCUGUCCAAACUUUUUGGAUGGAGUCUAUGUUCAAAUAACCAAAUGUCAGUUAUCAUUUUGUAG